CUCCCACUCCACUUGUAACCCCACCAUCUUUCGCUUGAGGUACUCAUUGUACUGUUUGUUCUCGGAUCUUGAGUCGCCUGUAUACUCGCUGUCAGAUUAUACCUCAAGAUAGCCUCAAAAGUACUAUAGGCAGCCACGAUGGCUUCGCGACUGGUGCUGGUCCUCGGUGACCUGUUCAUCCCGGAUCGCGCUGCAGACAUCCCGGCAAAGUUCAAGAAGCUCCUUGCGCCUGGCAAAAUUGGGCAAAUUCUUUGCCUUGGCAACAUCACAGAUCGAGAAACGUACGAGUUCCUGCGAGGCAUCGCGCCCGACCUACAAAUCGUCAAGGGCGACUUUGACGUCGAAGCACCAAACCUCGCCCUCUCCAAAGUUGUCACACAUGGAUCGCUCCGCAUAGGCUUCACACACGGCCACACGAUUAUACCACCCGGCGAUGGCGACAGCUUGCUGAUUGCAGCACGGCAGAUGGACGUCGACAUCCUGCUAUGGGGCGGCACACACAAGUUCGAGGCAUACGAGAUGGAGGGCAAGUUCUUCGUGAACCCAGGAAGUGCUACAGGUGCAAUGACGACAGGGUGGUGGACAGAAGACGAAGAUCCCACGCCAAGCUUCGUGCUUAUGGACGUUCAAGGUGACGUCCUUGUGUUAUACGUCUACCAGCUACGUAAGGAUGCGGAAGGGAAUGAGAAUGUCGCAGUGGAGAAGGUUUCGUUCAGAAAGAACGGCGGUGGUGCAGCAUAGAGACGAUCCCGUGUC